GUCUAAAAUAUUGGGCAACAUCCUAUUCAGUGUCUUUGGUUGCACUAUCCUCUUUGCUGUCUAUUUUGAGGAUGUUUCACCCCACGCUUCCCAAAGAUGGAAGAACGUUGCUUGGAACACAAAGAAAUGUGCCUACCACUAAUAUUCAAGGGGGAGAAUACUAUCAUUUCGGUAUAGUCAAAGGGGUGCUUUCACGGUUGGCAUGUUUACGUUUACCGACAACAAUGACUACUCUUAAAUUACAGUUUAAUAUAGAUGGUUUACCUUUAUUCAAAAGUUCUAAACUUCAGUUUUGGCCCAUACUAGGAUGUCUCAAAUGUGACUUCACAAAGUCCCCAUUUGUUGUUGGAAUUUUUUGUGGUUUAAGCAAGCCAAAGAGUGUUUUUGAGUACCUAGAGCAGUUUUUCAAAGACCUGAAGAAUGUACUGUCUAAUGGCAUUAUUUAUAAUGACAAGCAAUUUAAUGUACAGAUUUCUUCUUUUAUUUGUGAUGCCCCUGCUAGAGCUUUUAUUAAGCAGACCAAAUCAUUUAAUGGCUAUUCGGGUUGUGACAAGUGUUUUCAGGAGGGUGUAUGGAGGAAUAAAAUUACAUAUCCUGAAACAGAAGUCAGACUUAGAACAGACUCCAGUUUCUCAGACAUGGUUGAUGAGGGACAUCACAUUGGGAAGAGUCCUUUAUCUGGUUUAGUUAAAAUGGUUUCUAUGUUUCCAGCUGAUUACAUGCAUCUCUGUUGUCUUGGAGUUACAAGAAAAUUGCUUAAUAUAUGGUUAAAGGGGAAACAUUUGGCAACAAGGGUUCCUUCCCAAACUGUAGAAGUCAUUUCAGAUAAAC